AUGUACGCACCCCAAUUCUCGCAACCACCGCCCCCGGGCUACGGAAUGCCUGGCGACUUCCACCACCGCACCACGCCGCCCAUGUCCCCCGGCCCCGGCGCAAACUACUACUCCCCGCGACACGCGCCCCAGUUCGCCUCGCCCUCUCCACGCACCAGCCCCAAGGUCCAGGGCUAUGGCCACUCACGCCGCGCAUCGCACGCUGUGCCACCGCAGUACUCGCACUCUGCUUCGCGCGGCGUCUACGACAGUGGAAUUCCCACGUCCCGCGCAUACGCGACGCCGCGAGCCACUCCAGGCCCAACACCCGAAUAUGUAAGUGGUUUCGAUUACAACUACGUGCGUCCUAGUAGGGCGAGCCGGCAUCGCCGCGACUCAGACGCGCAACCUCUCAAGCGCUCCCAUCGCGAGAGGAAGCGUCGGCCGUCGCAGUCGGCACCGUACGUCUACACCAAGGUCGUCUACGACGCGAAUGGCUAUGGGUACGAAUGCGACUACGUGUACGACCACUCGUAUGACGAGUCUCCGCCGCCGCCGUACGAACAGUACGCUCGACACGCCAAGUAUGGGGAUGCUGAUCGAUAUUACUAUGAUCAGGUCCCAAUUUAUGAUGAGCCAAAGACUGCCAGCCGUCCACGACGCGCCUCAGGUACCGGCCGCACGCAGCCCGCGACACCCAAGAAGCCUGCCGCAACCAAGCCCACGAACAAGGCCACCGAAGAGGACGCACGCCGCGCCGGCAUUCCUGCCGGCUACUCGUACAAGAACUGGGACCCCAGCGAGGAACCCAUCAUGCUCCUCGGAUCCGUCUUCGAUGCCAACUCCCUCGGCAAGUGGAUCUACGACUGGACCGUCUUCUACAACGGUCCCGCCACCCCCCUCGCCGAGAUGGCCGGCGAACUAUGGCUCCUCCUCAUCCAACUAGCAGGCAAGGUCAAGAGGGCUGAGGAGACGAUGCCCAAGAUCCGCAAGAAGGAGAGCCACGAGAUGGUUGAAGACUUCCUCGAGAGCGGCGAGCGUCUGUGGAUCCGCUUCGCUAAGCUCCUCAAGGUCUGCGAAGACUACAUGUGGAAGGCCGCUAAGAAAGAGAAUGGCGAGAAGAAGCCCGUUUCCAUGGGCAAGAACAGCGGCCGCGAGUUCGUCGACUCCAUCUUCGGCCGCGACCGUGAGCUUGACAAGACCGAGAAGCUCAUGACCGGCAUGCGUCUCUGGAGCAUGCGCUUUGACGCCAACUGUGACGACAUCCUCAGUCACCCCACUGCUUAA